GGCUCCAGCCCCAGCCCCAAGUCUCCAUGGCAACCCUAGACACAAUCCUGAUCUGAAGGAGGAUCUGGAACGGGGAGCACAAACAUCACUGUGAAGAGAUCAGAGGCAGGGGUGCACUUGCCUCCCCUGCUCCUUGUGUCCUGCUAGCCUCUCCCCUGGCCUAGCCAGGCCCCUACACCCCAGUCUCCCCAAGACCCCACACUGAGGAUUCCGCAGGUCUGCCUUAUUGCUGGGCGCAGGAGGGCCUGGAUGGAAGCCUGUCCUCUACUGUUGCCCCAAAGGCUGCUCCUGCUCGGGGCAGCCGGCCUGAUGGCCUCUGCUCUGCACACAGCCGACCUGGUGGACCUGUGCGGCCAGACGUGGCGGGGGGACGGGCUGCUGCUGCGCUCGCACCGCGCGUCGCGCCGCUUCUACUUCGUGGCCCCGGAAACUGACUGCGGGCUCUGGCUGCGGGCGGCGGCCCCCGGCGACAGGAUCCGCUUCCAGUUCCGCUUCUUCCUGGUCUACAGCCUGACCCCGGCGGCGCCCAACGCCUCCUCCGCGGGGCAGGCCGAUCCUUGCGCCUUCGGGUCCUACCUGCAGUUCUACGAGGGCCCGCCGGGGGCGCCCCGGCCCCUCGGGGCCCCGCUCUGCGGCCUGACCAUCCCGGCUCCGGUGGCAUCCUCUGGGGACUUUCUGGGUCUGCGUCUGGUCACCCGAGGCCGCCAGCCCCGCGUGGACUUCGUGGGCGAAGUCACCUCUUUCCGGUUAGCCCCAGGAUCCUGUGGUGCCUACUUCCCGUGUCGGAAUGGCAGGUGCAUCCCCCAGAGCCUGGUGUGUGAUCGCUGGGGCAUGGACAACUGUGGUGACGGCAGUGAUCAGGCUUCCAGGCCACCAGCUGACUGCACAGGUCCCUCUCCAGUGCCCAGCCAGGCAGGGAGGAUGGCCGAUGGUACCUCCCAGCCCCUGACUCUUUCCCCAGCUCUUGGGUCUGCAGGCCCCCUGGGGAUUGCAGCUGGGAGGAGUCCUCCAGCAGGCGGGGACCCUGCAGGACAGGAUGCAGCUCCAGAAGGUAGAUGGUUACCACCUGCACCCGCUCCUCUCACCAAGAUCACACUUGUCCCUCUCCAGUGACGGAUGGGGGCAGCAGGCCCAGGCUGAGGCCUGAGUGGACUCUCUUUCUUUCCGCAGGCCCCCGGCUGCGGGGUGUGGCGCUGGCCUCCUCACUGCUCCUAGCCUCUGCUGGCCUCCUCAUCGGCCUCCUCUGGUGCUGUUGCUCCUCCAGCUGGCUGGCCCGGCGGGCAGGUGCCCAUGGCCUCUGCCCCAGCUGCACCAUCUGUUACCCAUGUCCUGGCCAGGUGGCCCCUGGGGGGCUGCGGCUGAGUAAGCCAGCUUUCCAGGGUCAGGGAGGACAUCCCUAGAGAGGCUGCGGGCAUCAGAGGAAGGAGAGUGGGCUCUGGGGUUGGACAGUCCCUGGGUUCUGCCCCACCCACCACAGGGCUGUAUAACCUUGGGCAGAUCACAUCACUCUCUGAGACUCAGUCUGCUCUUCUGGAAAAUGGGAUGAUUCCUGCCUUAUAGGGUCAUGAAGACCAAAGGAGACAGCUGGGCCUGCAACUUGCACGGUGGCUAGCACACGGCUGGCUCAGUGAAGGGCAGGGAGUAGGGCCUUUGCUCACCUCAAGCUGCCUUGCUUCAGUCCCAGACCUCCCUGCUUUGCCCCACGCUGGCCCCCUCUCAGGUACCACAAGUCCAGCCCUAGUAAGAGACACAGGAGACAGCCCUGGCGGGGAUAGCACCGUUUAUUAAGAAAGAUCAAGACAAAGACCACAGGAGGGUCCCUUCUAGGACACAGAGGCCAGGCAUCCUGACCCCACAUCUGGGGGCUGCUGGUGGGGAGGGCGCUUGCCCCAGCUGGGCCCUCAGGCUCCCACAGAUGGGGCAGGGCUGUUAUGCCCCCUUCCUGUCCCUCCCAGUCAUGAGUCCUGGCUUCCCCCACCCAAGGCACUAACUUUUUUCCAACCACCAACGCCCUCCUCCCCCAUGUCCCCUGGGCCUUCACUUCCAGAUCAGUGGGGGGACGUGGCCUGGUGUGGGCAGGGAGACCCUCUCAGUGCUGGGCUCUGCCUGUAGCAGCUCCGGGUAAGAGCUGGGAUGGCGUUUCCCUUGCAGCCCCUGAGGGCAGGGGCCCUGGGUGAGGUGUGGGGUGAGGGGUAUGCAG